GGCGGAGCACAGCGCACAGCUCACCGACCCUCAUGGCCACCAAGGGCGAGCACGAGAAGCCGGAGACGGUGGACGACGAGCACCAGCCGAUCGUCAAGAAGGUGCGGCUGGAUGUGGACGCCAAGGUGACGGAGGACGUCAAGAAGGUCAAAAUCGACGAGAACGCAGCCCCGCAGCCCGAGAUCGGAGGCCACGAGAAGAACUCGUCCACGUCGUCGUCGCCGGUUGCCGAGGAGCAGGAGCAGGACAAGGAGAAGGAGGCUGAGAAGGAGGAGAAGGUGGUCAAGCCGAACACGACGGGCAGCGCCUUUGGCGGCUUCAGUGCCUUCAGCGGCAAGAACGCCUUCGCGGCCUUCACGGCUCCUGCGAGUGCGGACGCCAACGGCUUCGGCACCAAGGCGACAGACUCGGGCUUUGCGGGUUUUGCUACCAAGGCCUCGAGUGGCUUUGGAGACGCGACACCGUCCUCGUCCUCGACGUCUACGGACGCAGCCACGACCAGCUCCAGCGGCUUUGCGUGUUUUCAGGGAAAGGCUCCCGUGACGUUCGCGUCGUUCGCAGCAGCACAGCCGACCACGGAUGGAUUCGGAGCCAAGGCGUCGUCAGCUUCGUCGACGGACUUCUCGGACGCAGAUGUGGUGAAGAAGGCGGAACCGGUCGUGCCGGCGCUGACAGAAGCUGAGCUUGCGAACGGAGAGGAAGGCGAACAGAUUUUGGUCGAGAAACGUGCCAAGCUGUUUAAACUGGUCGAGAAGGACUACGCCGAGGUCGGUAUCGGCCCGCUGCGGGUUUUGAACUCGACGGACGCCAAGACUGAUGGCGACAAGUUGACUGCGCGCGUUGUGAUGCGACGCGAGUCGUACCCGCACGGACCCGGCACCAAGCUGCUGAUGAACGUAAGCUUGGGCUCCUGCGUCCUGUGCGAGAAGAAAACAGAGAAGACGAUGCUGCUGACAGUUCUGGAGGCAAAUGAAGACCCGGAGGCGGAGAAGAAGGUCGUCUCGGUGACGUAUCUGAUGCGUUUCGGGUCGCCCGAGGACCUGGACACUGUGAUGGCGCGGAUCCAGGCGCACAUGCACUCAUCGUCAACGUCCAGUUGA